AUGCCUUCUAAAGCUGUGGACUUGACCGACGACUCACCAUCGACGGAAGGCAUGUGCUCUCCUCCGGUCAAAAUACAGCAGACUCUACCACCGACUACCCCUCAAGAGCAAGCACUAGAACAGGAUCCCUACUUUCCGUAUAAGAAGGAAUGCCGUCUUGCCUGGAUCAAGUACCUCGGCCUCCUGGACAAGGGCAUCAACCUCUUCUCUGAAGAUCGGGAUCAGAUUAAGCAUUGGGAGGCCGCGAGCUCACGAAACCCACUAAUUCUCCUACAAUCCACUCAGGCGUCAUCCGGACAGACUCCUGUGCGCAAAGUUAUUCAGUCUGCGAUGAACCGUCUGGUCGGCAUCCGCACCCAGGAAGAAGAUCCGCCCAGUUUUCCCGGCUAUGUUCUUCCCAUGGCCUCUUUCGAGAGGGCUGUUUGGAAAGGCGACAAAGCGACAAACGAAAUCGAGCGCAGACAGUGCGCCGACAUGGCGCUGCGAUCCUUGCGAAAAUUCAUGGACGCGCAGAAGAACGAAGCUAUCAUCGGCAAAAUGGUGGAGCUUCAAAAGCAUUACGAAGCUUUGGCGGCUCUUGGCUCAAAGUGAGCCAGCAGGGCGAAGAUGUAAAUAUGAACAGCAGAUUGCAUUCACCAGGUGGAUCAAACUAGGGGAAGGGAUAUUCUUAGCAUAGACAGAAACGGGAGAGAUAUUUUGCUACAUUGAUGGAACAAGAAUGAACAAUGAAGGGACGAAAAAGGGUUCACAAAAGUAGUUCAAUUGAUGAUUUGAAAGUUCAUGUCUUGAUACUGUGACCCUGCCAGAAGAACUAAAUGUCCCUUAACACUGGCUAAGGGAGACGAAAACUUAGGACCUCUA